UAGAAAACAAUGUAAACAGCAACAAGGAAAAGUCCUGCUGAUUGGUGGAAACUUUGGAGGCCAGGUGUAUAAAAGGUCCAGAUUGCAAGGGGUCAUCACAUUCUGGGAAACUCACCUCUGAACAGAAACCCACCCUCCACCCCUGACACCAUGACCAACUGUUGCUCCCCUUGCUGUCAACCUACGUGCUGCAGGACCACCUGCUGCAGGACCACCUGCUGGAAGCCCACCUGUGUGACCACCUGCAGCAGCACACCCUGCUGCCAGCCCUCCUGCUGUGUGUCCAGCUGCUGCCAGCCUUGCUGCCGCCCAACUUGCUGUCAAAACACCUGCUGCCAGCCCACCUGUGUGACCAGCUGCUGCCAGCCCACCUGUGUGACCAGCUGCUGCCAGCCUUCCUGCUGCAGCACACCCUGCUGCCAGCCCAUCUGCUGUGGGUCCAGCUGCUGUGGCCAAACCAGCUGUGGGUCCAGCUGCUGCCAGCCCAGCUCCUGUGCACCUGUCUACUGCAGGAGAACCUGCUACCACCCUACAUGUGUCUGCCUGCCUGGUUGCCUAGAUCAGAGCUGUGGCUCCAGCUGCUGCCAGCCCUGCUGCCGCCCAGCCUGCUGUGAGACCACCUGCUGCAGGACCACUUGUUUCCAACCCACAUGUGUGAGCACUUGCUGCCAGCCUGUUUGCUGCUGAUCUAUUCCACAGAGGACCAUCAUCCCCAUACAAUAACCCUCUGGCAAUAGAUUUAUCUUUUGGAGGACAAAUU